AUGGCUGGCGAACAUGAGCAAUACGCAAACCCCUUGCUUCUUGACUGGGUCAAAGAGUGGCUCGACACCGCGAGGGAGCGUAACAUGAAAAGCGCCUCUACCUACAGAAACGCCUACGAGUCUCUCAAAGCAUGCCCCAUCACCUUCAAGCACCCGCGCCAGCUCACUCAGCUCAAAGGUUUUGGAGACAAGCUCUCCUCUCGCCUCACAGAUAAGCUGAAGGAACACUGCGAGGCCAACGGUCUGCCUAUGCCUACGAAUCCGCGCUUAUCCAAGGAAAGUCGCCAACUCCUCGGUGGGGCCGCUGAAGAUGACGAACCCCCACCUCCUAAGAAGACGCGGAAAGCAAAGCCCUAUGUUCCGACCUAUCGAUCCGGCCCCUAUGCCCUUCUGCUGGCUCUAUCGGCAUUGGACGAGGAGGCGCAACUGGGAAUGACAAAGGCCAAUCUCAUCGAGCUAGCACAGGAACACUGUGACUCGUCAUUCAGUGCGCCUAGUGACCCCACCAAGUUCUAUACGGCCUGGAACUCGAUGAAGACUCUCAUAGAUAAAGAUCUCGUCUGCGAGAAGGGCCGCCCACAGAGGCGUUAUUCGCUUACGGAAGAAGGGUGGGAGGUUGCCAGGCGCAUCAAGAAGACAACAGAAUCGAGCUCAAGGGCCGAUGCCUCCGUGGCAGGCCCCAGCACCCGUCCUGAGCUUGAAACGAGACCGGAUGCGGCCACAGCAGCAUUGGGAAGAAGCGCUUCAUUGUCAGUCGAGCCCGUGGAACAGGCAAAGCCCAAGUCGGUAUACGAAGGCGUCGUCGCAAAUGGCCCAACAGUCUCGGAUGAUGCUUCGUUGCCAACAUUCACUCCAAUACGGCUUGCGCCGGGGUCGUUCACAGUCCAUCUCGCGUUGGAUAUCCGCGAAGUUCGAGCGGUAAAAGACCGCGAUUACAUGCAAGAUGAACUCACCAAAAAGGGGGUCAAACCCCUCAUGCGGGCGUUGGAAAUCGGCGACGCGCAGUGGAUCGCCAAAUGCCACGAUUCCACCGCCCUGUCCCGUCAUGGUGCAGAAGGAGACGAAGUCGUCCUGGACUGGAUCGUCGAGCGAAAACGACUUGACGACUUGGUCAGCAGUAUCAAGGAUGGUCGUUUUCACGAGCAGAAGUUCCGGCUUCGCAAAUCCGGCGUCAAACACGUUGUGUACAUCGUUGAAGAGAUUUCGAUGGACUCGGGCUACUACUCCAAGAUCGAGGAGAUGAUCCAGUCGGCCACCGCUUCCACUCAAGUAGUUAACGGCUACUUCCUGAAGAAGACCCAGAAAAUGGACGACACAAUCCGGUACCUCGCGCGCAUGACGUUUAUGCUCAAGAAGAUGUAUGAAAACAAGCCUCUUCACGUUAUCCCGACGCCGGCUCUGACGGCGCAGAACUAUCUGCCGCUGUUGGAACACCUGCGAGAAAAAGAGCCGUUGACGGGCUACUACAUCACCUAUCCGGCGUUCGCAUCGUUGGCGUCCAAGUCGGACAUGAUGACGUUGCGAGACGUUUUUCUCAAGAUGCUCAUGACAACGAGGGGUAUAACAGGAGAGAAGGCAUUGGAGAUUCAGAAGCGGUGGAAGACACCACAUGACUUUAUCAAAGCAUACCAAGAGUGCGGCUCGGGUGAGCAGGGGCUCAAGAGGAAACGAGAGAUGGUUAUCAAUGGCUUGCCUAACCUCGUGGGUCGCAAGAAGAUUGCCAAGGCCGUCAGUCAGCGACUGGCGGAAGUCUGGGGCGAUGCUUGA